AAUCCAAACCCCACCCACAUCACCACAGCAACACAGAAGCCAACGCGAUCGAUCGGCCGAUCCACUCAGGUACAUCGGCAGGAGCGCCCAGCCCGACCAAGCCAAGUACGAUAGUUGCUGCCGCUGCACCGCACCGACCGACGGUGCAACGACAGCAGCGGCCGAACGUAGAUGGUGUCGCUGCAGUCGGCGCUCCUGCCGGAGGCCAAGCGGCCGCCGUGCCUCUCCCUCAUCGGCAGCGUCGUCGCCUCCACCGCCACCAGCAAGAAGCGGAAGCGGGACGGCAACGACGACGACCACGAGAACAGCCGCGGUGAGGUGGAGGACGGGAUCGAGCUCAAUUUCGACGCCGCGCCGCUGCCCCCCGAAUGGCAACGCUGCCUCGACAUCCAGUCGGGGCAGAUCCACUACUACAACACGAGGACGCACAAGCGGACGUUGAAGGACCCGAGAGGGGAGCCGGACUACUGCGCCGCGCCCGCAGCCGAGGAGGAGGAGGAGGAGGAGGCGUCGAAUUGCGCCACCGCGGGGCACCUGGACCUGGACCUGAACCUCGCGUUCCAGCCGCGCGGGGUGCUCGUCCAGAAGAAGAGGCCCAAGCCGGCAGCGGACCGUCGUCAGCCGGCGGAGGCGGAGGACAGCUGCAGGGAGAUGGUCGCGGCCGUAUGCGUGCGGUGCCACAUGCUGGUCAUGAUGUGCCGCGCGAGCCCGGCCUGCCCCAACUGCAAGUUCCUGCACCCGCCGAACCGCGCCGCGCCGCCCCCUGAACCCGAGCCGGCGCCGCUCAAGCUCGGGCUGCAGCUGCUCUGCUGCAGGGACUAGCAACGGACAUCGAUCAAACGGCUGGUAGGGAUCGAGCAUCUGAUCCAUAGAUCGAUCUACCUCGUGCACCUUGAUAUGCCUGCACGUGUACACGCAGCAGCCUGCAUGCGCAAGAAUCAAGCAGCGAUGAUAACUAAGGCCACUGGAAUGGACGUACGUAUACGAUCAUGAUGUAGAUAUAAGUGCAUAUAAAUGUAGCUCGGAACUUUCGGUAUAUGUCACCUGUCGAUCCGUGCAUGUAUUCGCACUCAUGGUCGAGCGAGAGUGCUCUGCUCGUUGUAGAAAGUUUGUUGGCUGCUGGGGCGCCGAAAUUUAUUGGCGCCUAUGUCAGUAUGCUUUCGUUCUUCCGAGGAAAUGCUCUGCCACGCGUUAAUGGAGACUCCCAAUUCAAGGGCGAUUAGCAAACGGGAAAAAGGUCAGGUUAAGCAAGCACGUACGCAGCCAUGCAAAAUAAGUAUGGCCAGGAGGAUGGAGCCGCCCGACCGCUGCUGCAUCCACGGGGCCGUUCGUAAUUUUGGACCUGGAUUUUCUUUGUCCGGGCUCGAUCAUAUAUAAAGCUAAGAUGCGUCCACAUAUGGAUCAUGGAUGUAUAGAUA